AUGGAGAACGCACCGAUGGAAAAUACGGACAUGGCAUCGCAGGCCGAGGGCAAGCAGUCCCUUCUUGCCAUUGCUUAUGUGCUUUUGGUCCCAUACCUGUCGAUGGAUGCAUUCCCAUGGCUCACUCGUGAGGAAACAACACUUUUUCUCGACCUUUUCGAUUUUCAUUCCUUGAGCUUGUCCGGUCCCAAGUCCGGACGACGUGUCAAGUGUGACGCGUCGGGGGUGAGGGUUGCGACAGAUGCCCCACUGUCGCGGGAGCCUGUUCACAGACUCCAAUAUGAGCGCUUCCGGGCGAAGCCAGGGGCCAGACACCAACUUCAAGCGAGCGACUCAGAUUUUUCCACAUUGUUCCAGAGGGCAAUGUUGAGGAGAGCUGUCAGCACAUUACCAGUAAUGGGCAUUGUGUACAGGUGUCAACAAAUGGGAGUAGCGGCCACCGCUGUCCCUCAACAUGGAGAUGGCAUGACCCAUGGGUGGACUGCCAAGCGAGCUUAUCGGAGAGCCAGGCACAGAGCCGGCAUUUCUGGAGGAACAUGGUACAACGGAAGAUGGCAUACUGCCCAGUCCCUAGGAGCCAUCGCCACCACACCGAUGACACCGAAAACGCGAACCAGUCCAACGCGCUCACCCCAGAGCUUGUCCAAUCGGCUACGCAUUUGUUCGCACAAUGUUGGCAUGCUUUCAACAGAUGCACACGAUGAAUUGAUGUCCUGGUUGCAAAUGAAACAACACCAGUACGAUGUGAUUUGCAUUCAAGAAACGGGGUGGUCCCUGGAACACAUAUACGUGAAUGGACCAUGGUACGUGGUUAGCUCGGGACACUCGACAGAUAGGAAUAGCGGCGUUAUGGUGCUCAUCGCUCGCAGACUUCUUCCAUCUGAUCGUAUCCGUUAUGCGGCCAUCAUCCCGGGCAGAAUUCUACACGUCAAACUGGAGUUCUCCAAUCACCAUGUUGAUGUUUUAAAUGUAUACCAACACCCCUGGAAUACUGCGGCCACCGCGUCCAGAGUUCUUCAUCAACGAGACCAAAUUUGGACCAAAUUGAAUCAUGCCAUUGGGCAAAUGGCGAUGCGAAACACACUUCUUAUCUGCGGAGAUUUUAACACGCCCUUAAGCAUGUCUCCAGGCAGAGUGGGCUCGGGUAUCCUUCAGAAACCUUCGCCACCGCCGGAUACGUCAACUUUUGAUGCCAUACUGGAAACACACAACCUCGUGGCCUUGAAUACAUAG